AUGGAAAAAAUGGCAUCUGUCAAGGAUUAUCAAGUUGCAAGCGUUGCCGUACACGAUGCGAAGAUGGGAAGCCAUGUAAAUGUUAUCGUUGCAACUGCGGAACACACUGCAACGGCGUCAUCUGCAGCUGCUGUAGCUGGUCCUUGUGACGGCUACGUGAUCGGCAGAUGCGGAGACAAAAACUACAGCGAGUGUAUCGGCCACGUCAGAUACGAAGCAAGCGGUCCUGUAUUAAAUCGCAACAAAUACCCGAUUGACUGCAAAAAAUCCCACAAAGGUGGGCCCGUGGAGAACGAGACGAGAACGGCAAUUGCGUUAUUGAAUGCACAUACUGCGGCAAAUUAUGUUCCCAAGAUUGGUGCAGAAUAUGGCUAG